GUUUACUCGUUUGGGAUCUAUUGCUUCCAAGUAUAUUCCGUCAUCAGAUAUAUUGUUAAUAUGAAGAAACUAGUACUGGCCAGCUUUAUACUAUUGUUUGCUACAAUCCAGUAUAUUAACGGUGACGAGAAGCUGCAAAAUUGUGCUAGAAAAUUGGUAGAUAAAAUCAAACAGUUUGAUCCUUUUUCUAGACCCAGUUGUAUAAACGAUUACCAGCUGCAGCAAAUAAAAACGUACUUUGAUGCAGUAGAAGCUAUAAGCGACAAAAUUCCAGAAAAAUGUAAGGCAAUUACAUCGGAUAACAUUGGAGAAUGCCUUCAGAUUGUAAGAAAUACCUUUGUGAAUCAGAGUAACGAAAUAAAUCAGGCUGCAGCUCAGGGGUUCCAGAUUAUGAGCAAUACUUUAAGCGAAUGCUUCAAACAGAUGACGAAUAAAUUCUCUAAUUUAAACGAGUAUGUCUUGAACGGAUGUGAAUAAUAUUAUUUGACAAAAUUAAAUGGCUUUAAUUUUUCAAAGUAAAUAUUCUAUGUGAAAUUUGA